AUGGGUAGUUCCAGAGAUUUGAAUUCACUCAAGUCGUGGAAUCCGAAGUUAUCAAAGAAUAAGGCCUCUGUGAAACAGCUAGAACAGCAACUCAUCGAUAGAGAGAAACAACUCGAAAAGGAAGCCAAAAGAAGAGAAGUGGAAGACCUAGCAUCCCUCAAGACAGAUACGUUAUCAUGGAUGUAUGACACCCCCAAACAAGAACCACAAAAGCCUAAACAAACAACAAAACCAUCAACAGACAAAGUGAAAAAACCAACACAAACCACAAAGACAAAACGCAAAUUUGACUACAGCAAAGACGACCCUAUGGCCAAACUUAAAAGAUAA